AUGACGCAGAUUUUCGGGAUAAGGGAGAAGUGGGCGAAGUCAUAUUUCAAGGGAAUUUUCUGUGUGAAGAUGACAAGUACCCAGAGGAGUGAGAGUGUGAACCAUAUGCUGAAGAAAUAUGUGCCCUCCGGCUCUCCGAUGCAUAAGUUUGUUAGGCAGUACAUGCGGUUGCAGUUUAAUCGUCAAUCAGAUGAGAGUUAUGAAGAGAAGAAAACUAAAAUCGUUCGUGCAUGCCAGGCUCACACAAAACUUUGUUUCUUCAAGGCAGUUUCUAGAUGUUGGUUAAUUCUUUCGUGGUUGGCUUCAUUUUCAGGCAUUAGAGUUGAUCCGAUUGGGAGAUGCCAGUGUGGAAGCUUAACACUGAUGGGACUCAUCAAUAAAGCUAUGAAGGUGAUGGCUCCUUUCGACCAGGCGAGGAAUGGGCUGGGACAGGAGGAUCGUGUCAGUGGCAAGAAGCAAGGCAAUGUCGAUGAAAAAGAAACCAAGGCUGGCGAGGAUGAGUAUGUUGUGCUGCCGGGGCAUAGCAAUCUUUUGGUUGGCCUGGGAGUGCCAUCAAAGAAGAAAAGUGCAGGGAGGCCGACAAACGCAAGAGGCCAGGCACCUUACGAAGGAUUGAUAUGUCUGUUGGAACAAGUGCAAAGGCAACAUCACCUUCUAGCAGAAGAUUUCCCCUGCAUUGACCGCUUCAGAGAUGCACUAGGUGGGUACAACAUCGAUAGUUUUGAGGAGGCCAAGCCAUAUGUACUACUAUUAUGUUGUAUUAGCGAAUCUAGCAUCCGUUCGGAUGAUAUAAGGAAAGUAAACAGAGAUGCUGAUGGGAUUAAUUAA